UGCGUGUUAACAUCUGGAAGCACUUUUUUCACUCACUCAGAUAGCUGCAACUUUUGAGAGGCCACUGCUUAAACACAAAAUGUCUUUUAUACAAGUAGAUACAACUUGUGAUUUUUCUAUCCACAACCUACCUUAUGGAGUGUUCUCCACUUCUGAACAUGCCAAGCGCCGGAUUGGGGUUGCUAUUGGAGACCAGAUUCUGGACCUGAGCGUGAUCUUCUCACUUUUUCAAGGACCUGUGAUGUCCAAGCAUCAACAUGUUUUUCAGCAGCCGUCGCUAAACGCAUUCAUGGCUCUGGGUUAUGAAGCGUGGAAGGAGACCAGGAAUACUUUGCAAAUGUUGCUGUCAGCCAAUCACAGCACUCUAAGAGAUGACUGUGAGCUACGCAGCAGAGCUUUUGUCUCUCAAAGUGCAGCCACGAUGCAUCUUCCAGCUGAUAUUGGUGAUUAUACUGACUUCUACUCCUCCAGAGAUCAUGCAACUAAUGUUGGCACCAUGUUUCGGGGAAAGGAAAAUGCACUGAUGCCAAACUGGUUGAGACUUCCAGUAGGCUAUCAUGGCAGAGCAUCAUCGGUGGUUGUGUCGGGCACCCCAAUUCGUCGACCCGCAGGGCAGAUGAGACCUGAUCAGACAAAACCCCCUGUGUUCGGCCCUUCAAAGCAGUUGGAUAUUGAAUUGGAGAUGGCCUUCUUUGUUGGACAGGGGAAUUUGCCUGGGGAGCCAAUCCCCAUUGAAAAAGCCCAUGAACACAUCUUUGGCAUGGUACUCAUGAACGACUGGAGUGCUCGGGAUAUCCAAGCUUGGGAAUACGUUCCUCUGGGUCCGUUCCUGGGAAAGAACUUUGGUACAACAAUCUCACCGUGGGUGGUCCCUAUGGAGGCCUUGUUGCCUUUUGCGGAGCCCAAUCCUGUUCAGGAUCCAGAGCCCCUCCCGUACCUCCGACAUCAAGAUCCUUACACAUUCAACAUCAAACUGUUUAUAUCUCUAAAAGGGCAGCAUAUGAAAAAAUCUUCAACCAUCUGCAAGUCGAACUUUAAGUACAUGUACUGGACCAUGAAGCAGCAGCUAGCCCAUCACACUGUCAACGGCUGCAACGUCAGACCUGGAGACCUGCUGGCUUCUGGAACCAUCAGCGGACCUGAUGCAGACAGUUUUGGCUCCAUGCUAGAACUAUCAUGGAGGGGAUCUAAAAGCAUUGACCUUGACGGAGGAGAAACCAGAACCUUCCUCCAAGAUGGAGAUGAAGUCACCUUGACAGGUUACGGUGAAAAAGAUGGAUACAGGGUCGGCUUUGGUUCCUGCACUGGAACCAUCCUUCCUGCCCACUGAAACCCACUCAAUAAAAAGGGCAAAGGUGACCUUGUUACUGGAAUUUUCUCACAAUAUGAUGUUGUGUUACUGUGGUACCAAUAUCAGUGUUAUUGAUGUCGUGUUUUCUGAGACAAAAUCAUCAGUUGUGUUUAUUUUUUUCAUCUUUAAUUAGUAUUAAAUUGGAAGACAUCCUUACACCAAAA